AGUCCCAUGAUCCCUCAAAACAGAACACAAACAUAAUCUUUGUGUGAUCUUUGAUACAUGUGUUUAUAUAUACGUGUGUAUCUCUAUCUCUAUAUUCUCUGCAUACUCAACAAGUCUGACUCACAAGUCAAACACAACAAAUGCCCAUGAAAACAAGAUUUUUGCAGAUUGAAGAUCUUUGGCUCAUUGUAAUCUGGCAUGUCGUUCAUUUCAUAAUCAGCAUAUGGUAUUGUGCAUUAAGGCUAGCUGAAACAGUCGAGAGCUAUCUGAUUUCGAGUGGACUAUUAAUGUGGAACAAGACUAUUGAUACAAGCAGAGUACAGUACCUGGCAAUUGUUCUGGACAGUGAAGAAGCUUGUCGGACUUCAGAAGUCAUUAAACUUUUACAGUGCAUCGAGAGAAUUGGUCUGAGAAAUAUUUGCUUAUACGACCGUGAAGGGGUGCUGAAGAAAUCAAAGGAUAUCAUUAUGGAAAAAUUUAGUCGAGCAAAAUUAUUUGAGGAAGCUUGUACUACUGCGACUACCCUUCUUGAUAAAGAACCUUUUACCUUGGAAUUUGUUUCAUUUUCUGAUGGAAAGGAAGCAAUCGCCCAAGCAGCUAACUACAUAUUUACAAAUUAUCACAAGUCCAGAUAUCAGAAAGAUCUACCCUGUACAGAAUCUCACAUUGACGAGGCACUAAAAGCAACUGGGUAUGGACAGCCUUAUCCUGAUCUUAUGUUAAUAUACGGGCCUUCAAGAUGCAACCUUGGUUUCCCAGCAUGGCGAAUUCGGUAUACUGAGAUGGUACAUAUGGGACCCUUGAAGUCUAUGAAAUAUGGUUCCCUAAUAAAAGCCAUUCACAGAUUCACCAUGGUGUAUCAAAAUUAUGGUAAAUGAGCCAAGAUAGUUUUCGAAUAUCCUUGUACCACAACUGCAAAAGCAUUGAUGUUGCGGAUUUGAAUUUAAAGCUCCCCAUCUGUGUACAGUCAAGAUACUCGUGAUAAUUUAAACUGGGUCAUAUCAGUGUCAGAAUCCAGCAUGGCUUGGGCAGCAGCUAUGCAAAAUACUAUUAGAACUCUUAUGCCCCUUGCUCAUACCUAGAUUAUCUAUAUAAAUCAUGAUUAGUCAUGCUAGGUGAUAGAUUUUCAUUUCAAACACUUGUAUAAAAAGAUUGAUGGUAUACAAAAAUUCGAUUUCAGCUAGG